ACCCGGAGCCGAAACACCGGUAGGAGCUGGGGUGGGGGUUAGGUUAUACGACCGUUUCCAGCCUUGGUCUGAGUGGACUGUCCCGCAGCGACCAUGCCCCGUAAAGGCACUCAGCCCUCCACGGCCCGGCGAAAAGAGGAAGGGCCGUCGCCGUCCCCGGACCGCGCCAGCAGCAGCGACGCAGAGCCUGAGCCGCGGUCGGGCCGCGCAGAGAGCCUAGCCGCCGCCGCAGAGACUCCAAGUGAGGAACUUGAUAAUAGAAGUUUAGAAGAGAUUUUGAGUAGCAUUCCUCCUCCCCCGCCUCCAGCAAUGACCAAUGAAGCUGGAGCUCCUCGGCUUAUGAUAACUCAUAUUGUAAACCAGAACUUCAAGUCCUAUGCUGGGGAAAAAAUUCUGGGACCUUUCCAUAAGCGCUUUUCCUGUAUUAUUGGGCCAAAUGGUAGUGGCAAAAGCAAUGUUAUUGAUUCUAUGCUUUUUGUGUUUGGUUAUCGAGCACAAAAAAUAAGGUCUAAGAAACUCUCGGUACUAAUACAUAAUUCUGAUGAACACAAGGAUAUUCAGAGUUGUACUGUAGAAGUUCAUUUUCAAAAGAUAAUUGACAAGGAAGGGGAUGAUUAUGAAGUCAUUCCUAACAGUAACUUCUAUGUGUCGAGAACGGCCUACAGAGAUAAUACUUCUGUCUAUCACAUAAGUGGGAAGAAAAAGACAUUUAAAGAUGUUGGAAAUCUUCUUCGAAGCCAUGGAAUUGACUUGGACCAUAAUAGAUUUUUAAUCUUACAGGGCGAAGUUGAACAAAUUGCGAUGAUGAAACCAAAAGGCCAGACUGAACAUGAUGAGGGUAUGCUUGAAUAUUUAGAAGAUAUAAUUGGUUGUGGACGGCUAAAUGAACCUAUUAAAGUCUUAUGUCGGAGAGUUGAAAUAUUAAAUGAACACAGAGGAGAGAAGUUAAACAGAGUUAAGAUGGUGGAAAAGGAAAAGGAUGCCUUAGAAGGAGAGAAAAACAUAGCUAUUGAAUUUCUUACCUUGGAAAAUGAAAUAUUUAGAAAAAAGAAUCAUGUUUGUCAGUAUUACAUUUAUGAUCUGCAGAAACGAAUUGCUGAAAUGGAAACUCAAAAGGAAAAAAUUCAUGAAGAUACCAAAGAAAUUAAUGAGAAGAGCAGUAUACUAUCGAAUGAAAUGAAAGCUAAGAAUAAAACUGUAGAAGAUGUAGAGAAGAAACUGAAUAAAAUUACAAAAUUUAUUGAGGAGAAUAAAGAAAAAUUUACACAGCUAGAUUUGGAAGAUGUUCAAGUUAGGGAAAAAUUGAAACAUGCUACAAGUAAAGCCAAAAAGUUGGAGAAACAACUUCAAAAAGAUAAAGAAAAGGUUGAGGAAUUUAAGAGUAUGCCUGCCAAGAGUAAAAAUAUCAUAACUGAAACAACAACUAGAAAUAAUGCCCUUGAAAAGGAAAAAGAGAAAGAAGAAGAAAAAUUAAAGGAAGUUAUGGAUAGCCUUAAACAGGAAACCCAAGGACUUCAGAAAGAAAAAGAAAGUCGAGAGAAAGAACUUAUGGGUUUCAGCAAAUCAGUAAAUGAAGCACGUUCAAAGAUGGAUGUAGCUCAGUCAGAACUUGAUAUCUAUCUCAGUCGUCAUAAUACUGCAGUAUCUCAAUUAAGUAAGGCCAAGGAAGCUCUAAUUGCAGCUUCUGAGACUCUCAAAGAAAGAAAAGCUGCAAUUGGAGAUAUAGAGGCAAAACUCCCUCAAACUGAACAAGAAUUAAAGGAGAAAGAAAAAGAACUUCAAAAACUUACACAAGAAGAAAUAAACUUCAAAAGUUUGGUGCGUGAUCUUUUCCAAAAAGUUGAAGAAGCAAAGAGUUCCUUAGCAAUGAACCGAAGUAGGGGGAAAGUCCUUGAUGCAAUAAUUCAAGAAAAAAAAUCUGGCAGGAUUCCAGGAAUAUAUGGAAGAUUGGGGGAUUUAGGAGCCAUUGAUGAAAAAUAUGAUGUUGCUGUUUCAUCCUGUUGUCAUGCAUUAGACUACAUUGUUGUUGAUUCUAUUGAUACAGCCCAAGAAUGUGUAAACUUCCUUAAAAGACAAAAUAUUGGAGUUGCAACCUUUAUAGGUUUAGAUAAGAUGGCAGUAUGGGCAAAAAAAAUGGCCAAAAUUCAAACUCCUGAAAAUACCCCUCGGUUAUUUGAUUUAGUGAAAGUAAAAGAUGAGGAAAUUCGCCAAGCUUUUUACUUUGCUUUACGAGAUACCUUAGUAGCUGAGAACUUGGAUCAAGCCACAAGAGUAGCAUAUCAAAAAGAUAGAAGAUGGAGAGUGGUAACUUUACAGGGGCAAAUCAUAGAACAGUCAGGUACAAUGACUGGUGGUGGAAGCAAAGUAAUGAAAGGAAGAAUGGGUUCAUCAGUUGUUGUUGAAAUCUCUGAAGAAGAGGUAAAUAAAAUGGAAUCACAGUUGCAAAGAGACUCUAAAAAAUCAACGCAAAUCCAGGAACAGAAAGUACAAGUUGAAGAAGCAGUAGUUAAGUUACGGCAUAAUGAACGUGAAAUGAGGAAUACACUAGAAAAGUUUACUGCAAGCAUCCAGCGUCUAUCAGAGCAAGAAGAAUAUUUGAAUGUUCAAGUUAAGGAACUUGAAGCUAAUGUACUUGCUACAGCCCCUGACAAAAAAAAGCAAAAAUUGCUAGAAGAAAAUGUUAAUGCUUUCAAAACAGAAUAUAAUGGUGUGGCUGAGAAAGCUGGUAAAGUAGAAGCUGAGGUUAAACGGUUACACAAUAUCAUCGUGGAAAUCAAUAAUCAUAAACUCAAGGCCCAACAAGAUAAACUUGAUAAAAUAAAUAAGCAGUUGGAUGAAUGUGCUUCUGCUAUUACUAAAGCCCAAGUAGCAAUCAAGACUGCUGACAGAAAUCUUAAAAAGGCACAAGACUCUGUCUUUCGCACAGAGAAAGAAAUAAAAGAUACUGAGAAAGAAGUAGAUGACUUAACAGCAGAGCUAAAAAGUCUUGAAGACAAAGCAACAGAGGUCAUAAAGAAUACAAAUGCUGCAGAGGAGUCCUUACCAGAGAUCCAGAAAGAACAUCGUAAUCUACUUCAAGAACUAAAAGUUAUUCAAGAAAAUGAACAUGCUCUUCAAAAAGAUGCACUUAGUAUUAAGUUGAAACUUGAACAAAUAGAUGGUCACAUUGCAGAACAUAAUUCUAAAAUAAAAUAUUGGCAAAAAGAGAUUUCAAAAAUAUCAUUGCAUCCCAUAGAAGAUAAUCCUGUUAUAGAGGUUUCAGUUCUAAGCCCAGAUGAUCUUGAAGCAAUCAAGAAUCCAGAUUCUAUAACAAAUCAAAUUGCACUUUUGGAAGCCCAGUGUCAUGAAAUGAAACCCAACCUUGGUGCCAUUGCAGAGUAUAAAAAGAAGGAAGAAUUAUAUUUGCAACGGGUAGCAGAAUUGGACAAAAUUACUUAUGAAAGAGAUCAUUUUAGACGGGCAUAUGAAGAUCUUCGGAAACAAAGGCUUAAUGAAUUUAUGGCAGGUUUUUAUGUAAUAACAAAUAAAUUAAAGGAAAAUUAUCAAAUGCUUACUUUGGGUGGGGAUGCUGAACUGGAGCUUGUAGACAGCUUGGAUCCUUUCUCUGAAGGAAUCAUGUUCAGUGUUCGACCACCCAAGAAAAGUUGGAAGAAGAUCUUCAACCUUUCAGGAGGAGAGAAAACCCUUAGUUCAUUGGCUUUAGUAUUUGCUCUUCACCACUACAAACCCACUCCCCUUUACUUCAUGGACGAGAUUGAUGCAGCCCUUGAUUUUAAAAAUGUGUCCAUCGUUGCAUUUUAUAUAUACGAGCAAACAAAAAAUGCCCAGUUCAUAAUAAUUUCCCUUCGAAAUAAUAUGUUUGAGAUUUCAGAUAGACUUAUUGGAAUUUACAAGACAUACAAUAUAACAAAAAGUGUUGCAGUAAACCCAAAAGAAAUUGCAUCUAAAGGACUUUGUUGAACUUGUGUAUACUGAAGAUUCUCCAAACUGAAUUGGCAUAGAUUUCAUAUAUUAUUGAUUUUGUAUUUGUA